AUGCUGCCCUUAGCAUCACUCAUGAACCCAGACAUGGCUAUUGAGUCGGGCCCCAUGAUCCGACAGCACACGGGUGCCAUGUCGUCGGCACCAUCAACCCCCUACGACCAAGGGUUCCCGUCGCCGAUAUCGCCGCAGCAGAGGCUAUACGCCCACAGGGCACCGUCGCCCCCGCGCACCGCACCCAGGGAGGUGUACUUCCCGACACCCCAAACCAAGGGCGCAGUGAACUAUCCGCCACACGAAAGUCUCGACGAUCGAUCCCUGGCCGAGGUCCGAAGGUUCCAGGUGGAGCCCUUCGGCGCCAUCCGGGAAACCUGCAGGCACAUCCCUUACAACUCGAACAAGAAGGACUUUGGCGCAAAGACAGGCAUGGAGAGCCUGGAAGUUUUCGAGUACACAUUCUAUGCUCGGGACAAGAAGGAUCCGGAGAAGAAGAACAAGUGGACGGUCCUCUGGGACUACAACGUCGGUCUCGUGCGAAUAACCAACUUCUUCAAGUGCAUGGGAUACUCCAAGACGGUUCCGAGCCGCUCACUGUUACAGAACCCAGGCUUGAAGAAUGUAACCUGCAGCAUUACAGGUGGAUCUAUCACGGCUCAGGGAUAUUGGAUGCCGUUUCACUGCGCGAGAGCGAUGUGCGCAAAGUUCUGCUAUGAUAUUUCCGGGGCGCUGAUCCCCAUCUUCGGCCCCCAGUUCCCGGCCGAGUGCGUCCCCACGAGCUCGCCCGAGUUCGGGCGCUUCGGCAUAGACCCGGAGAUAGUCGAGGAGGCCAUCAAGCAGGCCAAUCUGGCCUACUACAGCGAGCAGCAGCCCGCCCUGGGCGGACGCCACGGCGGGUUCCACCACCACCAGGAGCUGCCGCAGCCGCAGCCGCAGCAGCAGCAUGAACACUAUAGCCAUGUAGAACCCUCCACGCCGAGGGACCUCUAUCCAAGGUGGUCUUACGGCAGAGAAGAGCAACAGCGCCCCUUCUCCGUGGAGCGCUCCCCGCCAUACCGCCGGGCCGCCCGCGCGGCACCGUUCCAGGGGUCCCCGGACUACGCGACCGCCUUGCACCACCGCGGCUACCCGCGCCACGAGAGGGAGCACCCCCGCUACAGGGCGUCGGCCGAGCAGGUCCGCAGCCCCGACGCCGCCGCCGCCGCCGCCAACAGCGGCCCCCCGUCUCCAGGCAGGUCAAGCACAUACAUGGACAUGGAUACGUGCACGCCCUACGGCGGCGACAGCCGGUACCGCCGGCGCUCGCAGUACCGCCACCGGCAGACGCACUCCAACACGUCGCUGCCGUCCAUGCAGCGCGACCUUCCCUCGGCCCACUCCUCGCCCGGCGGCUACCGCCUCGGCGAGCCGGCGCUGCUAACGCCCUCGCCCAACACGUGGCCCGUCGAGUACCCGGCGGCGGCCCAAGGUGGCAGUCCCCGCGACUACCCGGCCGCCCAGAGCAGUCCCCACGACUACCAGGCCAUCGCCCACAGCAGCCCCGGCAGCCCCUCCCUCUACGAAAGCGGCGACGGCCACGACCGCCCCGACGCCUACCACCGCCCCGGGGCCUACAGGGGAGGCCGGCACACGCACCUGCUGGGCGAGCACGUCCCCAACCCGACCCUCAGUGCCAUCCCGCGCUCCUCCCAGCCGUGGAUGCGCCAGCAGCAGCACCAGCACGAACCCCACCACCACCACCACCACCACCAACAUCCACUGUAUCCCUCCGCCACCACCUCCACCGGCUUCCGUAGUGAGCACCACUACUACCGGACCGCGCCGUCCACCCCCCAGCCGCUGCACGAGGAGCACUUCGACUACUACCCCCCGGCGCCCUCCCGCCACCCAAUCCCAAUCCCGCCCGCGGCCGAGCCCCGCCCCGCCGCCGCAGCCGACGCUCCCGCCCCGCCCCCGUCCCCGUCCCCGUCCCCGUCCCCACCGCCCACCGCCGCCCCAGCAGCGCGGGCGACUGCGAGAUGA